AAUCACCUUAGGGGUGAAUGUGUUGCAGACGUCAUUGCUGUCACGGGUUUAGCAGGGCAUGCAUUCGGCUCGUGGAGGCAUGAAGAUGGCAAGAUGUGGCUGCGGGACCUCCUUCCUCAACAUCUCCCUGCAGUGCGGGUGAUGAUUUAUGGAUAUUCCGCCCAAGUGCAAGGAGCCACUCAGGCCACAAGUAUUCUUGAGGAUCAUGCGGAGACCUUUCGACAGCGGCUAUUGUUAUUUCGCCGCUUCGAGGCCUGCCAGAAACAUCCACUUAUUCUAAUUGGCCAUAGUCUAGGUGGCUUGGUUAUCAAGGAGUUUAUCGCCAAGAUAGACGAAUCGCAGCGCAGCCAAUUUUCCAUUCGAUCUGUGCUGUUCUUCGGGGUUCCGCAUCAUGGACUAGUCCAUGAGUCUCUUCAAACUAUGGUCAAAGGACAGCCAUCUUCAACCAUUGUUGAUCAGCUCAAGCCAGGUUCGCCAACUCUACGUAAACUAGACGCGGCCCUUUGCAAAGCGACUGUCUUGACCCACUUUUCAAUACACACAUUCUAUGAAAGCCAGGAAACAAGAACUGGUUGAGAAUGAGGCCCGGAAAUGGGUUCGGGAGGGUGCCCCAGUCAAAAUGGUGUCUUAUGAUUCGGCCGUCCUGAAGCUUCCGUCAAUAGAGAGUGUACAUGAGGUACAAGGAAAUCAUUCUUCUAUGGUGAAGGUCAUAAGAAGCCAGAGUUAUUGUUACUUUGACGUGGUUCAAUGCAUUCAAGAAGCUCUGCAAGGCACCUCAGGGUCGUUCCCAAGCACACGGCCUGCCUCAUCUUCGAGGGACAUGCAGAACGAACGAUUUCUUCAACAGGUUUUUGGCGAUCGAUAUGAUUCAAAA